AUGGUGGCUGAUGUCUUAGAAACAUUACAACGAAAAGGAUUAUUACAAUUUCCCGGUGGCACACCAGCAAGCUUAAUGAAAAGUACCAAUCAACAAUGGGAUUAUCCAAAUGGUUGGGCACCAAUAAAUCAUAUGAUCAUUGAAGGAUUACGUAAAUCAAAUAAUCCAACAAUGCAACAGCGCGCAUUUGAAAUUGCCAAUAAAUGGAUUAAUCGAAAUUAUGCUCUAUAUCAAAAAGAUCAUAAAAUGUGGGAAAAAUACGAUGUCGCAAAAGAAUAUGUACGAGCUGCUAAAGGUGGCGAAUAUGAAAAUCAGUAUGGCUUUGGAUGGACUAAUGGUGUCGUACUUGAUUUACUUGUAACAUUCAAUAAGAGAGCUAUAGUUAAGCCAACAGGUGGUGUAACAGAUGUUCAUGGAACUGGACGAGCUAAUAUAUCUGGUACUAACCGAACUCUUCUUACUCGAUAUCUAGGAACAAGCAAACCGUUCGAUUUUUUAUGGUGGUUUACAAAACGAAUCCUUAUCCGAACAUUGAUCAACUUCUUGAAAUGCAAAAGUUCCGGUAGCAGCGGGUAG